AUGUCAGAUGAAGAGAUUCCUUCAACUUCCAGUGAGCCUUUACCCGAGGAUGAAGAGGUGAGCAUUUGAAAGCUGACAUUUUAUUUUCUAGAAAUAUGAGAUAGAGUGUUAGUAGCUAGCUAGAAGUUUGCAGUAUUGUUGAUUUGGGGGGGAACAUGGCGGGAAGGAGGCUUGCACAUCUGCAUAGCUCUCUACAGAUGUUAGCUAGCUAGCUAGCUAGCUACCAAGAUACCACCAGGUCAAACGCUGGCCAGAAAACAUUAGCUACAAUGCUGGUCGUCGUGCAGUUCAGAGAAAUGUAGCCAAUAUUCCCGUAGACUUUUAAAUGCUGCCAAUUUCAGCCUGACAAGCCUUGGAGUCCCAGAGCAACCCAACUGACUGUAUCUGUAGCUUGUUGUCUGUUUCACUUAUCCCAGGCAGCCCACAACACGGAACAGUCGCAUGCAGCCUAGAGCAAAUCAGCUGUCUCCUUUCAACACUAGCUGCUGGGGACUGUCAAGUUUGGCUACAGUAGCUAGCAAUUUAAUGUAUACGAAGAACAGGCGUGGUGAGGUGUACCUAACUGCUUGAACUUGAACUUCAGUUCAAUUGAAGGCAUAACUUUUUGCACAUUUUAUAAUCAAUAAUAUGUGAACGUGCUCAAAAUGUAUUAUAAUUGAUUGUGCAACAAGCAUCACAUGAAGCAAACUUUCUCGACCUCCAACCAUAAAUCUAUAUUGAUUAAACAUAUAUAAUAAUGUUGCAUGAAUUCAGAGGAAAUUAUAAAUUAAAUACACAACACAUUCCCUGUAUAUGACCACUGAAAUAGCCAUAUAAAAUGGUUUUAAAUUGCACAUUACAUUGAUUGAAUGUUACUGAAUCAUAUGCCAAAUAAAAAUGUACAAUUCAUUGAGCAUGUCAUAAAGUAGUCUACUGUGUUUGUGCUCAGGCAAAAGACCCCCCAUUUCAGCUGAAGCCACCUCCGAAGGCUUUGCCCAAGGCGGAGGGUGAGGUGGAUCCAGAGUAUGAAGAGAAAAGGGUGAGACAAAUUGCUUUGUCACAAACUCUCUCUAUGGAUAUCUAAAUAGGAUUCACUUUUUUUUAAUGCAAUUGCAAGUUUAAAGAUUACAAUAGGGAGUAUCACAUGACACAGAGUAGUCACAGCAUUGGUUGAAUUCUGUGCCAGAUAUUUGAGAAAAACAUCUCAUUUUUUCCCAACUUUUGCAAUGAGCUCCCCGCUGUGGUAAAUGUGGGGAAUUGCAGUGUGUAGUGAGACUAGUGAGACUGCAGAGUUUAGUGAGACUGCAGGGUGUAGUGAGACUGCAGUGUGUAGUGAGACUGUAGUGAGAAUGUGAAUGGCAAAAUUACAGUUAAGCAUAACAUUGAUCUCAUAUCCUUACUAGUCAAUAACAACUUGUUGGUGUAUUUUUGUAUUUUCCCCCUGUCUUUUUACGAUAGAAAACAGAUAGAGCAAACCGGUUUGAGUUUCUGCUCAAGCAAACAGAACUCUUUGCCCACUUCAUCCAGCCUGCGUCUCAGAAGUCUCCUACUUCACCCCUGAAAGUGAAACUUGGACGACCUCGCGUUAAACAGGACGAGAAACAAAAUCUCCUCUCUGUUGGCGAGUAUGUGGCUGCUGACUUGUUUUAAGAGUCUUGCCUUUAUUUACAAUUUUCUAAAUGACAGGUCUAUGUUAUUGUAAAUAAACAAGCUAUAUUGGUGAAUAAACCAUGAAUAAUAAACAAUACAAUCUGUUUACCAUUGUAGCAAGACAUACUAUUUGUCUGCCACCUGUGUUUUACAGUAACCGCCACCGACGCACAGAACAAGAAGAAGAUGAGGAGUUGUUAUCUGAGAGCAGGAAGGCAGCUAACGUCUUGGUUCGCUUUGAAGAGUCCCCAUCCUGUACGAUGUUUUCAUAUAGCGUUUAAAUGCUCAUUUUAAUGCUCAGCCCUCCAUGUAAAUUAACUGUAGCAGGUGUAACUCAGUGUUGUAUUCUAGCAGGUGUAUACCUUAAAUCCUAAUUAGCUCCCAUUUGAGAACUGCUGACGAUUGAUAAGAGUAUAAUUUUAAAAAAUUCUCCAUUAAUUACAAAACGUUUUUUCUUUUACAGAUGUAAAAAAUGGAGAGCUGAGAGAUUAUCAAAUCAGAGGUCUCAACUGGAUGAUCUCCCUUUAUGAAAACGGCAUUAAUGGAAUCUUGGCUGAUGAAAUGGUAAUAAUGACUGUACCUUAAACAUAAAAUUAACAAUAGUUGCUGUUUACUUGCCUACAUUAAGUGCCAGAGCCUUAUAUUGAUAUCCAAGUGUAAAGGGCCAUCCACACCAAGGACGAUAAUGAUCAACUAUACAUAACUAUAAAACGUUGGCAAGCAUCCACACUAGAGGAAGGUUUAUCAUUCUGCAGCAGGGGAUGGCAAACUUUAUGGCUUGAGGGCCACAUCGGGAUUUUGAAAUUCAACGGAGGGCCAGAAAAAGCAGUUAUUUGAAAAUAUAUAGGUCCACUAUAAUUUCUACAUACUUUCUAUCUAGUUUUAGAUGUUCAAGUGUGGCCUGGAGUUUAUUUUUUACCCAAAAUAAUAAUUUCCCAACUCAUCAUUUUUACUCAAACCUCCCGCCCGCGGGCCGUAGUUUGCCCACCCCGUUCUACAGUCUAGGCUACACCUGUCAAUCAACUGAUCAAUGCAUCCUACUGCACGCCGUAGGCUUAUUAAUAAGGUGGUAACACAGACCAUUCAUUGCUUUCAGGGUGUGUUCAUUUUCAUAGUGACAACUGCAAUUAAUACUUUAAUGUAGAUAAUAAUAUAGAAACACAUAUUUAAAUGUAGCAAUUCAACAACAAACGCUGUUUAGCUUGUGGACCUUCAUGUCAUGCUUGCCUCGUUGCUCUAGUGGUUUGCAAUUGAUUUCCAUUUUUCUAAUAGUUGCCAAUUCAUUUGGAUCUUCUUUUUCACUGUGCUCAUCUGUCUGUCCUGUGCACCAUUUGCAAUGCAUCAAUGCAACAAUGUUAUCAUCACCAGCUAAAGUAAUCACACCAACACUCUUUCUCCUCAACUUUUUUUACAUUCAGCAAUUAGCAAGAGCAAGCCUGCUUCUCUCCUCGAAUAGGCUGUUAGGCCUACUAUAAAAAAUGCAAAAAAUAAAUGUCAUAUAGGUUUUGUAGCCUAUAGCUUUUCCUGGGAUUGCGCACGGUAACAGCUGGAAGAGAGAGGCUAGUAGAGAUGUGUCAAAUCAAAUCAAAUCAAAUUGUAUUUGUCACAUGCACCGAAUACAGCCAGUGUAGACCUUACCGUGAAAUGCUUACUUACAAGCCCUUACUUACAAUGCAGAUUUUUUUGUUGUUGAAGUAAGUAAGAAGAUAUUUGAUAUUUUUUUUAAUUAAAAUAAACUAAAGUAAGAAAAAAAGUAACACAAUAAAAUAACAAUAACAAGGCUUUAUAGAACGGGUGGGUCUAAUCCUGAAUGCUGAUUGGUUAAAACCGCAGUCCAGCCGGUGUCUAUUCCACAAGUUACCACCGGCUAAAUCUAUGACGUUAAAAUGUCUAUUUACUCUGUUCCACCUGACUGCGCAAUCCAUUGUCUCAUCAGCCCAGCCAGGUAAUUUAUAAACUUGAUCUCCACUAUAAAAAGCAUCUAGACAUUAUCUCACAUUUCUUUUAGACUAAAUAAAUAAACCUUGCUGUCUGUCUCUCCGACAUUUGCAACAUUGUUUCAAAAUUCAAAUUCGAUCUCCAGCUGUCCCAUAGUAAUGAACGUGUUGGGACGAGACAGACAGGCAGCGUUUCUCAGCCAGUCUAAAUCAUGAAUCAGCUGGCAUAAUUUUUAUGGACAUAUACAAAGCAAUGUCAAUUGAAAAAAGGUCAAAUGAAACGAAGUGCAGCUAGUUUGCAGUCUUUCCAGCUUCAGUUCGAAGUGAUUGUGUUAGAUCUGUUGUUGGCUAGCUCCUCUGAAUAACAGUGUCCUGACGAGAGAGCACAUUUUCUAUGCCAGGCGAAAUCACGCCUCAUUGUUAUGGAUGUAUCCAAAUAAAUGUCACUAGAAAACAGCUUAAACAAAUGCACAUGCAGCUACUGUUGUUAUUCUGGCUGCACGGUUUGACAUGACUGUAAAUUCGCUGUAGGGAUAAGAACGUUGCCAGCCAGUAUAGCAAUGGAACAUUUAGAAUGAACGACUGGGUCGCGUCCAUCGAUACAGAACAAAAAGACUGGGUUGCGUCUCUGGCAACCGAACCGAUAGAACAAACGACCAGCCGGCUUGGGUAGCAACCCUAGAUUUGUGUCGGGGCUAUAUCUUGUGGAAUGAUGAGAUAGUAUUAAUAAAUUCAUCAAAAUAAUGUUUUUAAUGAAAAUAUUAAAAAUAAUUAUUUGAAAAUGUUGGUAACCCGUUCUAUAAAAGUGAUAAUGUCUCGGGCCUAACAACAGCCGUGCCGAUAUAUCCUCCAAACACCGGCUUCUUGGGCAUUAUCACUUAAAUAUACAGGGGGUACCGGUACCGAGUCAGUGUGCGGGGUACAGGUUAAUCGAGGUAAUUGAGGCUAUAUGUACAUGUAGGUAGGAGUAAAGUGACUAUGCAUAGAAAAUAAACAGCGAGUAGCAGCAGCGUAAAAAAGGGGGUCAAUGCAAAUACAGUAGGGGUAGCCAUUUCAUUAACUGUUUAGCAGUCUUAUGGCUUGGGGGUAGAAGCUGUUAAGGAGCCUUUUGGACCUAGACUUGGCGUUCCGUUACCGCUUGCCGUGCGGUAGCAGAGAGAACAGUCGAUGACUAGGGUGGCUGGAGUCUUUGACCAUUUUUUGGGCCUUCCUCUGACAUCGCCUGGUAUAGAGGUCCUGGAUGGCAGGGAGCUAGGCCCCGGUGAUGUACUGGGCCGUAUGCACUACCCUCUGUAGCUCCUUGCGGUCAGAUGUGUAGCCGAAAUAAGAGGCUAGAUAUUAGGCCAUUCAUUACAGGUGUAGGAUCUUAAUUUGAGCCAGUUUGCUACAGCAGUAAAAUAAUCCUGCAGAAACAGGAAAUGUGGACUAUAAUGAAUGGACAUUUUUGUAGGGGUUGAUGCAUUAUUUAUAAGGGAAAAUCAAGUCUGACAUUUCAGAGUGGAAAUUGCAAACUUCUGAAGCCUUUUUAAACUCAAAUACACUAGAAGUUUUACAUUUCGAAAGUUCUCCUGCAACAGGGUGAUCAAAUUAAGAUCCUAAAUCUUUAGAAAAAUAUUAGGGCUAUAAAUAUGAAUGCCUACCUGUCAAAGAGCAAGAAAAAAGUUUAUAGAUUAUGAAAUGGCAGAUCUGUGCAUUUCUCCAGGCUGCGCUCUGCAGUCCCUUGGCACGUAAAGCUCCAUAAUUGAUUAGGCAUACGUUUUUAGACAGGAAAGUUAUUCUACCUAGGCUACAACAACACAGUACGAUGAGGAAUUUAUUAUUCUUAUAAAGUGAGUACACUAUUGUCUAGGCUGUAAACUGCAGUGAUGUAGGCUAAUUUGAAUAACCGCUCAAACGUCCUAUUUUGGGUGCAUGUUUUAUGCUGAAAUAACUGCCCUAGGCCUGAUUAUGCAACCAUUUGGAUCAGUUAUGGGUCUGUUCUCUACAGUUUACAAGGUCCAGAAAGGUAGCAGGCCAUUUACAGUUGAUGUCGGAAGCUUACAUACACCUUAGCCAAAUACAUUUAAACUCAGUUUUUCACAAUUCCUGACAUUCAAUCCUAGUAAAAAAUUCCCUGUUUUAGGUCAGUUAGGAUCACCACUUUAUUUGAAAUGUCAGAAUAAUAGUAGAGAGAAUUUUUUAUUUCAGCUAUUAUUUCUUUCAUCACAUUCCCAGUGGGUCAGAAGUUUACAUACACUCAAUUAGUAUAUGGUAGCAUUGCCUUUAAAUUGUUUAACUUGGGUCAAACGUUUCGGGUAGCCUUCCACAAGCUUCCCACAAUAAGUUGGGUGAAUUUUGGCCCAUUCCUCCUGACAGAGCUGGUGUAACUGGGUCAGGUUUGUAGGCCUCCUUGCUCGCACACAUUUUUCAGUUCUGCCCACCAAUUUUCUAUAGGAUUGAGGUCAGGGCUUUGUGAUGGCCACUCCAAUACCUUGACUUUGUUGUCCUUAAGCCAUUUUGCCACAACUUUGGAAGUAUGCUUGGGGUCAUUGUCCAUUUGGAAGACCCAUUUGCGACCAAGCUUUAACUUCCUGACUGAUGUCUUGAGAUGUUGCUUCAAUAUAUCCACAUAAUUUUCCUUCCUCAUGAUGCCAUCUAUUUUGUGAAGUGCACCAGUCCCUCCUGCAGCAAAGCACCCCCACAGCAUGAUGCUGCCACCCCGUGCUUCAUGGUUGGGAUGGUGUUCUUCGGCUUGCAAGCCCCCCUUUUUCCUCCAAACAUAACGAUGGUCAUUAUGGCCAAACAGUUCUAUUUUUGUUUCAUCAGACCAGAGGACAUUUCUCCAAAAAGUACGAUCUUUGUCCCCAUGUGCAGUUGCAAACCGUAGUCAGGCUUUUUUAUGGCGGUUUUGGAGCAGUGGCUUCUUCCUUGCUGAGCGGCCUUUCAGGUUAGGUCGAUAUAGGACUCGUUUUACUGUGGAUAUAGAUACUUUUGUACCUGUUUCCUACAGCAUCUUCACAUGGUCCUUUGCUGUUAUUCUGUAAAUUGAUUUGCACUUUUCGCACCAAAGUACGUUCAUCUCUAGGAGACAGAACGAGUCUCCUUCCUGAGCGGUAUGACGGCUGCGUGGUCCCAUGGUGUUUAUACUUGUGUACUAUUGUUUGUACAGAUGAACGUGGUACCUUCAGGCGUUUGGAAAUUGCUCCCAAUGAUGAACCAGACUUCAACUGUAUAUGGUGUAUUUUGUCAGGCUGUAGGCCUAUCGGCGUUAACAGAUACACUACAGUAUGUGAACACCUGCUCGUCUAAACGUCUCAUUCCAAAAUCAUGGGCAUUAAUAUGGAUUUGGUCCCCCCUUUGCUGUUAUAACAGCCUCCACUCUUCUGGGAAGACUUUCCACUAGAUGUUGGAACAUUGCUGCAGGGACUUGCUUACAUUCAGCCACAAGAGCAUUGGUUAAGUCGGGCACUGAUGUUGGGCGAUUAGGCCAGGCUUGCAGUCGGCGUUCCAAUUCAUCCCAAAGCUGUUCGAUGGGGUUGAGGUCAGGGCUCUGUGCAGGCCAGUUAAGUUAUUCUACAUCGAUCUCGACAAACCAUUUCUGUAUGGACCUCUCUUUGUGCAUGGGGGCAUUGUCAUGUUGAAACAGGAAAGUGCCUUCCCCAAACUGUUGCCACAAAAUUGGAAGCACAGAAUCGUUUAAAAUGUCAUUGUAUGCGGUAGCGUUAAGGUUUCCCUUCACUGGAACUAAGGUGCCUAGCCCGAACCAUGAAAAACAGCCCCAGACCAUUAUUCCUCCUCCACCAAACUUUACAGUUGGCACUAUGCAUUGGGGCAGGUAGCGUUCUCCUGGCAUCUGCCAAACCCAGAUUCAUCCGUCGGACUGCCAGAUGGUGAAUCGUGAUUCAACACUCCAGAGAACACGGAUCCACUGCUCCAGAGUCCAAUGGCGGCAAGCUUUACACCACUCCAGCCGACACUUGGCAUUGCGCAUGGUGAUCUUAGGCUUGUGUUCGGCUGCUCGGCCAUGGAAACCCAUUUCAUAAAGCUCCCGACGAACAGUUCUUGUGCUGACGUUGCUUCAAGAGGCAGUUUGGAACUUGGUAGUGAGUGUUGCAACUGAGGACAGACGAUUUGUACGUGCUUCAGCACUCAGCGGUUCCAUUCUUUGCGCUUGUGUGGCCUACCACUUCACGGCUGAGCCGUUGUUGCUCUUAGACAUUUCCACUUCACAAUAACAGCACUUACAGUUGACCGGGGCAGCUCUAGCAGGACAGAAAUUUGACAAACUGACUUGUUGGAAAGGUAGAAUCCUAUGCUCUUCAUUAAGGCCAUUCUACUGCCAGUGAUUGCCUAUGGAAAUCUUAUGGCUGUGCUCGAUUUUAUACACCUGUCAGCAACUGCUGUGGCUGAAAUAGCCGAAUCCACAAAUUUGAAGGGGUGUCCACAUACUUUUGUAUAUAUAGUGUACAUAGGAAAAUAUGGGCUUCUUCUGACACUGAGUUGCGCUGUCAGUCGUGUAUCAUCAGUCUUCCAAGUCUUCCUAUAAUUCAUGUGGCCACCAAUAUGCUCACAUGACCAGUUAUUCAGGAAAGCUCACCGCACGCUCUGCCUCUUCGAUCGGCUAUUCCUUGCGCACCUAGAACGCUUCAAUAGAACACAUUUUGGAUUGGUUUUUGACGUUGUACUGUUGGGGAGACAGGGAUUAAAUCGCUCAGAAAGUGAUCCUGUCAGGUUCGAGCGUGGAUGUGGUGUGGAAUCAAGCGCAGGACAACAGAGGCUUCGUUCAACAGUCUUUAGUGAAGACACGAAAAACAAGACACAAGGCUAAAUCCAAGCCGGAAGGCAAGCGAACAUUACGCACACUGAGUACAGUUCAAAAUACAAAACAAAAUGCGCACACUGUGCGAACACUCUCUCCAAACAAAUCACGAGAGAGAGAAGUACUAGCAGCCCUUGCUGACAUAAGAAACAAUUACACACAACACAUGACAAAACCCAAGAGAACUAAUAGGACACAUAAUUAACACUAACAAUGAACAGGUGUACAAAACAGACCAAACCAAGCAAACAUCGAAACAUAGAACGGUGGCAGCUAGUACUCCGGAGACGACGACCGCCGAAGCCUGCCCGAACAAGGAGGAGGAGCAGCCUCGGCCGAAACCGUGACAGUACCCCCCCCUUGACGUGCGGCUCCAGCCGUGCGCCGACCCCGGCCUCGAGGACGACCAGGAGGACGCGGAGCAGGGCGCGUGGGAUGACCACGAUGGAACUCGGUCAGAAGAGACGGGUCUAAGAUGUCCCUCCUCGGCACCCAGCACCGCUCCUCCGGGCCGUACCCCUCCCACUCCACGAGAUAUUGGAGACCCCCCAUCCGGCGUCUCAAAUCCAGGAUGGACCGAACAGUGUACGCCGGAGCCCCCUCGAUGUCCAGCGCGGGCGGAGGAGUCUCUUCUAUCUCAUAGUCCUGGAGUGGACCAGCUACCACCGGCCUGAGGAGAGACACAUGGAACGAGGGGUGAAUAUUCUUGUAAUCAAUAGGCAGUUGUAACCUGUAACACACCUCGUUCAACCUCCUCAGGACUUUAAAAGGCCCCACAAACCGCCGACCCAGCUUCUGGCAGGGCAGGCGGAGGGGCAGGUUUCUGGUCGAGAGCCAGACUCGAUCUCCCGGUGCGUACACCGGCCCCUCACUGCGGUGGAGAUCGGCGCUUGUCUUAUGUCGACGGAUGGCCCGCUGCAGAUGGACGUGUGCAGCGUUCCACGUCUCCUCCGAGCGCCGCACCCACUCAUCCACCGCAGGGGCCUCGAUCUGGCUCUGAUGCCAAGGUGCCAGAGCCGGCUGGUACCCUAACACACACUGGAAAGGAGUUAGUUUAGUGGAGGAGUGGCGGAGAGAGUUCUGUGCCAUCUCGGCCCAGGGAACAUACCUCGCCCACUCCUCCGGCCGGCCCUGGCAAUACGACCUCAGAAACCUACCCACAUCCUGGUUUACACGUUCGACCUGCCCAUUGCUCUCCGGAUGGUACCCCGAGGUAAGGCUCACCGAAACCCCCAAGCGCUCCAUGAACGCUCUCCAGACUCUGGAGGUAAACUGGGGGCCUCGAUCAGACACUAUAUCCUCGGGUACCCCGUAAUGCCGGAAGACGUGGGUGAAUAGUGCCUCAGCGGUCUGUAGGGCAGUAGGGAGACCCGGCAUGGGAAGGAGACGACAGGCCUUCGAGAACCGAUCCACAAUGACCAGGAUGGUGGUAUUCCCCUGUGAGGGGGGAAGGUCUGUAACAAAAUCCACCGAGAGGUGAGACCAGGGUCGUUGUGGAACGGGCAGGGGUUGUAACUUUGCCCUGGGCAAGUGUCUGGGCGCCUUACACUGGGCACACACCGAGCAGGAGGAGACAUAAACCCUCACAUCCCUGGCUAACGUUGGCCACCAGUACUUUGUGCUAAGGCAGUGCACUGUCCGGCCAAUACCUGGAUGUCCAGAGGAGGGUGACGUGUGAGCCCAAUAAAUGAGUCGAUCCCGAACCUCGAGCGGAACGUACGUCCGACCCACAGGACACUGUGGAGGGCUAGGGUCGGUACGUAACGCCCGCUCGAUUUCAGUAUCGACCUCCCACACCACCGGUGCCACCAGACAAGACUUCGGUAGUAUGGGAGUGGGCUCAACUGACCUCUCCUCUGUGUCAUACCGCCGAGACAGGGCGUCUGCCUUUCCGUUCUGGGACCCAGGGAUGUACGUGAUCUUAAAGACGAACCGGGCUAGAAACAUGGUCCACCGAGCCUGGCGAGGAUUCAGUCUCCUAGCUGGCCGAAUGUAUUCCAGGUUACGGUGGUCAGUCAAAAUGAGGAAAGGGUGUUGAGCCCCCUCAAGCCAAUGCCUCCACACCUUUAGGGCCUGUACCACGGCUAACAGCUCCCUGUCCCCUACGUCAUAAUUUCGCUCCGCCGGACUGAGCUUCUUCGAGUAAACAGCACAGGGCGGAGUUUAGGUGGCGUGCCGGACCGUUGCGAGAGAACGGCCCCUCACUCCUCUUGAGACAAAGGAUACACAUGGCUCCGCGGGAGCGCAGCUCCUGCCUGGAGGUCUAUCGCACAAUCCCCCUGUCUAUGAGGUGGCAAUCGCGCCGCCCUCGCCUUGCUAAACACGAGUGCUAAAUCCUCAUACUCGGGGGGAACGUGCAGUGCGGGCACUUGGUUUGGACUCUCCACCGAGGUCGCCCCCACGGAAACACCCAGACAUCGCCCCACACACCGGGCAGACCACUCCUUAAGAGCCCUCUCUCGCCACGAAAUAGUGGGAUCAUGAGUAAUCAACCAGGGAAGCCCCAGUACCACCGGAUACGCAAGGAGAGUCGAUCAGAUAUAGCUGAAUCGUCUCCUCAUGACCCCCCUGCGUCUCCAUCCUAAGUGGCGCUGUGACCUCCCUAAUCACCGAUCCCAACGGACGGCUAUCUAGGGCAUGUACAGGGAAGGGAUUUUUAACAGGAAGGAGAGGAAUCCCUAACUCUAUACAAAAUUUUCGAUCUACAAAAUUCCCAGCUGCGCCUGAAUCUACUAGCGCCUUAUGCUGGGAACGAGGUGCAACCUGUGAAAAACAAACAGGUAUGGUUAGGUGCACGACAGAGAGAUCUGGGUAAGUGGGGCGCCUACUCACCAGUGGACUCCCCAGUGCGUGGCCUGCCGUCUCGUCCCCCUGGAGACCCUCCCCAGCACCUAGCCGCAGUGUGUCCUCCACGGCCACAGUUGGUGCAGGGGACGGCCCCCCUCGGACUCCUUCUCCUCCGUUCUCUAGCGCCAGCACCCCCGAGCUCCAUAGGACUCGGCUCGGAGGUGCUGGAGGAUGGAAUGGGCGACCCCCACCCAGGACGUCCGCGGGUAGCCAGCAGGGUGUCUAGACGAAUGGCCAUGUCAACCAAUUGGUCAAACGUGAGAGUGGUGUCCCUGCAAGCCAACUCUCUACGGACGUCCUCCCGGAGGCUGCAGCGGAAGUGGUCUAUGAGGGCCCGCUCAUUCCACCCUGCAUCUGCCGCUAGAGUCCGGAACUCCAGUGCAAACUCUUGGGCGCUCCUCAUCCCCUGCCGGAGGUAGAAUAGACGCUCCCCCGUCUAUUCUCCGCAUAUGUGAUCGUUGCGGCGUCUAUCCUCCUCCAUUAGGCGUUGGCCCACUCCAACGCCUUGCCGGUGAGACAGGAGAUGAGGGCGGAAACGCUCUCGUGUCCCGAGGGCACCGGGUGUACGGUGGCUAGGUGGAGUUCGACUUGUAAAAGGAAACCCUGACAGCGGUGCCAUCAUACGCCCUCGGGAGCGAGAAUCCCACUGGGUUCCGGAGAGUGGACAGGUGGACUGACCAGAGGUGGUGUGGUAGGUGGAGGCGUGGGUACCCCGCUGGUCUCCCAUCCACGGAGGGUAUUCAUCACUUCAUCGAGAGCGUUCCCGAUCCGGUUGAUUCUGGCCUCCUGUCCACGAAGGCGCUCCUCGAUUACCUCGGCGGGCGAGGCUGCUCCUGCUGAUUCCAUGGAAUGGUGUGUAAUUCUGUCAGGUUCGAGCGUGGAUGUGGUGUGGAAUCAAGCGCAGGACAACAGAGGCUUCGUUCAACAGUCUUUAGUGAAGACACGAAAAACAAGACACACGGCUAAAUCCAAGCCGGAAGGCAAGCGAACAUUACGCACACUGAGUACAGUUCAAAAUACAAAACAAAAUGCGCACACUGUGCGAACACUCUCUCCAAACAAAUCACGAGAGAGAGAAGUACUAGCAGCCCUUGCUGACAUAAGAAACAAUUACACACAACACAUGACAAAACCCAAGAGAACUUAUAGGACACAUAAUUAACACUAACAAUGAACAGGUGUACAAAACAGACCAAACCAAACAAACAUCGAAACAUAGAACGGUGGCAGCUAGUACUCCGGAGACGACGACCGCCGAAGCCUGCCCGAACAAGGAAGAGGAGCAGCCUCGGCCGAAACCGUGACAGAUCCCAUGAUGGCUAUUGUUAUCGUUCUCCACUGUUUUUAUAGUUAUUGUUGUAGACGCUGUUGUUCACUUGAAUUAGAACAACUUUUAUUUUUGGAUUGUUAUAGUUAUCGUCCUUGGUGUGGAUUGCCCUUAAGAUUCUGGUAAGUGCUACUAGUUGUGAGUCAAGCUUAUGUGCUGUAUGUAUGACAAGUUGUUUAUUUGUUUAUUGACCACAGGGCUUGGGGAAGACCCUCCAAACCAUUGCAUUGCUGGGAUACCUGAAGCAUUACAGGAACAUUCCUGGCCCCCACAUGGUUCUGGUUCCCAAAUCAACACUACACAACUGGAUGAAUGAGUUCAAACGCUGGGUACCAACCCUUAAGGCAGUCUGUCUCAUCGGGGACAAGGAUGCAAGAGUAUGUCCUGUUUUUUCUCUUGAUUGACACUGAUUAAACAUGCCCUUUCAUAACACAUGAUCUGGUGGGGAGGUAGCCAAGACCUCUAAUGACUCCUUUGACAAAUGUUCUCCUUAUUCACCAGGCGGCUUUCAUCCGUGAUGUCAUGAUGCCAGGGGAAUGGGAUGUUUGUGUCACAUCCUAUGAGAUGGUCAUCAGAGAGAAAUCUGUCUUCAAGAAGUUCAACUGGAGAUACCUUGUCAUUGACGAAGCUCAUAGGAUCAAAAAUGAGAAGUCCAAGGUAUGAACUCAAAUGAAAAUAAUUUAGGGCUAAAACAAGUUUUUCUUUCUACUUUUCAAUUAAAGAAACUUGGCCUAUACACAAUUAUUUUAAAUUAUUUUUAUGUAAUCUUUACAUCAAUCCUGUGUUGUCAGCUCUCAGAGAUUGUCCGUGAGUUUAAAACCACCAACCGUCUCCUCCUGACUGGAACGCCUCUGCAGAACAACCUCCAUGAGCUGUGGUCACUCCUCAACUUCCUGCUACCUGAUGUCUUCAACUCUGCCAACGUGAGUCCUGCCUCUGUUUGUUCUCUCCAUUUAUUCCUCUUGUAGUGAUAUUCCUCUCCUUUAGAUGAAUGUGACUGGAAUACCAAAUCGAGGAAGAAAAUACAUUCAUAUAUCGCUCCAGGCAAAAUGAACUGCAUUCUUUUGUUGUUUUGUAUCAAAAGACCCUCCAGCAGUAUCUUUAUGUUUUUUGUUGUUCCAUUUAUAUCACCUAGUUUCAAUGCGCUUCAGUCAAUCACUGAGCUCCUCAGCCCCACCUGACAUGCUUCUUGUCUUUCCAUGAUGUGUCAGAGAGGGAAAGGUAGCCCCGAGCAUAGGCUUCCCCCCUCAGGCACUGCUCUGUUCUGUUGUCAGUUCCUCCCAGUUUGUCUGGGAUCCCUCUCCCCCACUCACCCCCAGAGGCUGUAACUGAUCAUAUGUGUCCUUUUCUCUAACACAAUCCCCUCUACAACUGAAGCCAAAGCAGAAUAAUCUUUACUGAAAAAAAAUGUAUUCUCUAAAAUAACUUUUGUACUUUCAUGGAAAAUCUGUGUUAAAAACAAAAGGAACAUUUUUCUUUCAUUCUCAGGACUUUGAUUCUUGGUUUGACACCAACAACUGUCUGGGGGACCAGAAGCUGGUGGAGCGUCUGCAUGCGGUAAGCUGUGUUUCACACUUCCAUUACGUUCAGAGUUCACUGCAGAAUCCUUCUUAUCUAUAUUUAUUUUUAUUAUACAUACUACAUAAUAUACAUUGAGUUUACAAAACAUUAAGAACACCUUCCUAAUAUUGAGUGGCACCCCCUUUUGCCCUCAGAACAGCCUCAAUUCGUCGGGGCAUGGACUCUACAAGAAAGCGUUCCACAGGGAUGCUGGCCCAUGUUGACUCCAAUUCUUCCCACAGUUGUGUCAAGUUGGCUGGAUGACCUUUGGGUGGUGGACCAUUCUUGAUACACACGAGAAACUGUUGAGCGUGAAAAACCCAGCAGCGUUGCAGUUCUUGACACACUCAAACCAGUGUGCCUGGCACCUUCUACCAUACCCUGUUCAAAGACGCUUAAAUCUUUGGUCUUGCCCAUUCACCCUCUGAAUGGCACACAUACAUACACAAUCCAUGUCUCAAUUGUCUCAAGGCUUAAAAAUCCUUCUUUAACCGGUCUCCUCCCCUUCAUCUACACUGAUUUGAAGUGGAUUUAGAAAGUGACAUCAAUAAGGGAUCAUAGCUUUCACCUGGAUUCACCUGGUCAAUCUAUUUAAUGUAAAGAGCAGGUGUUCUUAAUGUUUUGUUCACUCAGUGUAUGUAAAGAAAUACAUGUAAUACAUGGUUAAAAAAAAUAGAUUAAUAAAAGCAUUUGCCUUGUGUAAUGUGCUGUUUGUUCAGGUGCUUAGACCUUUCCUUCUGCGUCGCAUUAAAGCUGAAGUGGAGAAAAACCUGCCUCCCAAAAAAGAGGUGAAGAUUUACCUUGGACUGAGUAAGAUGCAGCGAGAAUGGUAUGUAUUUGGUUCAAAUACUUAGUCCUUCCCAGUGUUGGCCAUAGCUUUUGUUGGUUUAAUGUUUCUAUCAAUGAAAUUCAAAUGAAACAAUGUUUUGUUGUUCUAUUUUUGUUAGGUACACACGGAUUCUGAUGAAGGACAUUGACAUACUCAAUUCUUCUGGAAAAACAGACAAGAUGCGUCUGUUGAACAUCCUGAUGCAGCUGCGGAAGUGCUGCAACCACCCAUACCUGUUUGACGGGGCCGAGCCUGGACCCCCCUACACCACCGACACUCACCUGGUAACCAACAGCGGCAAGAUGGUGGCCCUGGACAAGCUGCUGCCCAAAGUCCAGGAGCAAGGUGCUACACUCUCUCUGAUCAUUCAAUGCUUUUACUGUAGUUUAUCCCAAAAAAUAAUAAGGGGGGUUAAACAAAGAAUAUAUUAUUAAUGUACAUUUGAUGUCUUAAUCUCAAAGAGCUUUGAUCUGUGGUUGUUACUGUACAUUUGCAGUUGUAACAGACUAUGCAAUAAGUUGUCUAUACAAACUCUGAUCGAUUGAAGUACAUAAUGGUCCUUUAAAAGUGCAAGGACAACCUCAGAGGAUGCAGGCUCAAAGGUUUGCAUUUUAUUGAAGAAUAUCAGGAUUCACAUGUAGAAUUUCAAAUGUUAUCAUGACGCUUUCAUGAUGAGAAGUUAAUUUGACAAUCAAAUCAGCCAUGCUCAUGUAGAAUUAAUCAAACCUUCCUGCCAUGCAAAAAACCACAUGAAUCAUUUUCUGCCAUGUUUUUUCCCUUUGUGGAGAUUGCAUUUGAACUAGAGCAAUGUGACUUGAUAGUGAAUGCUGUUCUGUUCCCUAAUGGAAUGACUGUGUUUUGUCUCAUUGGUUGCCAGGGUCUAGAGUCCUCAUCUUCAGCCAGAUGACCAGGGUCCUUGACAUUCUUGAGGACUACUGCAUGUGGAGAGGUUAUGAGUACUGCCGUCUAGAUGGGAACACUCCACACGAAGCAAGACAGGUACGGGGCAUGACUUCAGCUGAUGAGGCCUCAUUGACCACAAUCACAGGCUCCCAUGGAAACCAUUAGGAACUGUAGUGGAACAGUUCAAUCACAGUUCAAUCAAACCUACCAUGGUCGUGUUUUUGCAGUAUCUUUACUUCAAGCCACUUUACUUUGCCUACUGUGCUCGUACUGACUGUGCUUGUAAUAUUUGUGUAAAGUGUAUUUACUUUAACUACAUGAAACAGAACUGAUAUUUUAAACAUUGUCUAACUAAUGCGUUAGCUUUAUGGCCAUGUUUCUAGGAAGCCAUAGAGGCCUACAAUGCUGAAAACAGCAUCAAGUUCAUUUUCAUGUUGAGCACCAGAGCUGGAGGUCUGGGCAUUAACCUGGCAACUGCAGACGUCGUUAUCCUGUACGACUCCGACUGGAACCCUCAAGUGGACCUGCAAGCAAUGGUUAGAAACAUUUCAGUUGUGGCUUCCUUGGAAACGUACUUCUAUAUCUAUAUAUACAGUUGAAGUCGGAAAUGUACAUACACUUAGGUUGGAGUCAUUAAAACUCAUUUUUCAACCACUCUACACAUUUCUUGUUAACAAACUAUACAUUUGGCAAGUCGGUUAGGACAGCUACUUUGAGCAUGACACAAGUCAUUUUUCCAACAAUUGUUUGCAGACAUAUUAUUUAAUUUAUAAUUCACUGUAUCACAAUUCCAGUGGGUCAGAAGUUUACAUACACUAAGUUGACUGUGCCUUUAAACAGCUUGGAAAAUUCCAGAAAAGUAUGUCAUGGCUUUAGAAGCUGACAUCAUUUGAGUCAGUUGGAGGUGUACCUGUGGAUGUAUUUCAAGGCCUACCUUCAAACUCAGUGCCUCUUUGCUUGACAACAUGGGAAAAUCAAAAGAAAUCAGCCAACACCUCAGAAAAUAAAUUGUAGACUUCCACAAGUCUGGUUCUUCCUUGGGAGCAAUUUCCAAACGCCUGAAGGUACCACAUUCAUCUGUACAAACAAUAGUACGCAAGUAUAAACACCAUGGGACCACGCAGCCGUCAUACCGCUCAGGAAGGAGACGCGUUCUGUCUCAUAGAGAUUAACGUACUUUGGUGCGAAAAGUGCAAAUCAAUCCCAGAACAACAGCAAAGGACCUUGUGAAGAUGCUGGAGGAAACAGGUACUAAAGUAUCUAUAUCCACAGUAAAACAAGUCCUAUAAUCGACAUAACCUGAAAGGCCGCUCAGCAAGGAAGAAGCCACUGCUCCAAAACCGCCAUAGAAAAAGCCAGACUACGGUUUGCAACUGCACAUGGGGACAAAGAUCGUACUUUUUGGAGAAAUGUCCUCUGGUCUGAUGAAACAAAAAUAGAACUGUUUGGCCAUAAUGACCAUCGUUAUGUUUGGAGGAAAAAGGGGGUCGCUUGCAAGCCGAAGAACACCAUCCCAACCGUGAAGCACGGGGGUGGCAGCACCAUGCUGUGAGGUGCUUUGCUGCAGGAGGGACUGGUGCACUUCACAAAAUAGAUGGCAUCAUGAGGAAGGAAAAUGAUGUGGAUAUAUUGAAGCAUCAUCUCAAGACAUCAGUCAGGAAGUUAAAGCUUGGUCGCAAAUGGGUCUUCCAAAGUACGUUCAUCUCUAGGAGACAGAACGUGUCUCCUUCCUGAGCGGUAUGACGGCUGCGUGGUCCCAUGGUGUUUAUACUUGCGUACUAUUGUUUGUACAGAUGAACGUGGUACCUUCAGGCGUUUGGAAAUUGCUCCCAAGGAUGAACCAGACUUGUAGAGGUCUACAAUCUUUUUUCUGAGGUCGGCUGAUUUUCUUUUCAUUUUCCCAUGAUGUCAAGCAGAGGCACUGAGUUUGAAGGUAGGCCUUGAAAUACAUCCACAGGUACACCUCCAAUUGACUCAAAUGAUGUCAAUUAGCCUAUCAGAAGCUUCUAAAGCCAUGACAUAAUUUUCUGGAAUUUUCCAAGCUGUUUAAAGGUACAGUCAACUUAGUGUAUGUAAACUUCUGACCCACUGGAAUUGUGAUACAGUGAAUUAUAAAUUUAAAAAUAUGUCUGUAAACAAUUGUUGGAAAAAUGACUUGUGUCAUGCUCAAAGUAGCUGUCCUAACCGACUUGCCAAAUGUAUAGUUUGUUAACAAGAAAUUUGUGGAGUGAAAGAAAAACGAGUUUUAAUGACUCCAACCUAAGUGUAUGUAAACUUCCGACUUCAACUGUAAAUAUAUAUAUAUAUAUACAGUGAGGGAAAAAAGUAUUUGAUCCCCUGCUGAUUUUGUACGUUUGCCCACUGACAAAUAAAUAAUCAGUCUAUAAAUUUAAUGGUAGGUUUAUUUGAAAAGUGAGAGACAGAAUAACAACAAAAAAAUCCUAAAAAACGCAUGUCAGAAAUGUUAUGAAUUGAUUUCCAUUUUAAUGAGGGAAAUAAGUAUUUGACCCCUCUGCAAAACAUGACUUAGUACUUGGUGGCAAAACCCUUGUUGGCAAUCACAGAGGUCAGACGUUUCUUGUAGUUGGCCACCAGGUUUGCACACAUCUCAGGAGGGAUUUUGUCCCACUCCUCUUUGCAGAUCUUCUCCAAGUCAUUAAGGUUUCGAGGCUGACGUUUGGCAACUCGAACUUUCAGCUCCCUCCACAGAUUUAAUGUGCUUCUUCUUGAGCCACUCCUUUGUUGCUUUGGCCAUGUGUUUUGGGUCAUUGUCAUGCUGGAAUACCCAUCCACGACCCAUUUUCAAUGCCCUGGCUGAGGGAAGGAGGUUCUCACCCAAGAUUUGACGGUACAUGGCCCUGUCCAUCGUCUCUUUGAUGCGGUGAAGUUGUCCUGUCCCCUUAGCAGAAAAACACCCCCAAAGCAUAAUGUUACCACCUCCAUGUUUGACGGUGGGGAUGGUGUUCUUGGGGUCAUAGGCAGCAUUCCUCCUCCUCAAACAUGGCGAGUUGAGUUGAUGCCAAAGAGCUCCAUUUUGGUCUCAUCUGACCACAACACUUUCACCCAGUUCUCCUCUGAAUCAUUCAGAUGUUCAUUGGCAAACUUCAGACGGGCAUGUAUAUGUGCUUUCUUGAGCAGGGGGACCUUGCGGGCGCUGCAGGAUUUCAGUCCUUCACAGCGUAGUGUGUUACCAAUUGUUUUCUUGGUGACUAUGGUCCAAGCUGCCUUGAGAUCAUUGACAAGAUCCUCCCGUGUAGUUCUGGGCUGAUUCCUCACCGUUUUCAUGAUCAUUGCAACUCCACGAGGUGAGAUCUUGCAUGGAGCCCCAGGCCGAGGGAGAUUGACAGUUAUUUUAUGUUUCUUCCAUUUGCGAAUAAUCGCACCAACUGUUGUCACCUUCUUACCAAGCUGCUUGGCGAUGGUCUUGUAGCCCAUUCCAGCCUUGUGUAGGUCUACAAUCUUGUCCCUGGCAUUCUUGGAAAGCUCUUUGGUCUUGGCCCUGAUGGAGAUUUUGGAAUCUGAUUGAUUGAUUGCUUCUGUGGACAGGUGUAUUUUUAUACAGGUAACAAGCUGAGAUUAGGAGCACUCCCUUUAAGAGUGUGCUCCUAAUCUCAGCUCGUUACCUGUAUAAAAGACACCUGGGAGCCAGAAAUCUUUCUGAUUGAGAGGGGGUCAAAUACUUAUUUCCCUCAUUAAAAUGCAAAUCAAUUUAUAACAUUUUUGACAUGCGUUUUUCUGGAUAUUUUUGUUGUUAUUCUGUCUCUCACUGUUAAAAUAAACCUACCAUUAAAAUUAUAGACUGAUCAUUUCUUUGUCAGUGGACAAACGUAGAAAAUCAGCAGGGGAUCAAAUACUUUUGUCCCUCACUAUAUAUAUAUAUAUAUAUAUAUAUAUAUAUAUAUAUAUAUAUAUAUAUAUAUAUAUAUAUAUAUACACACACACUGCUCAAAAAAAUAAAGGGAACACUUAAACAACACAAUGUAACUCCAAGUCAAUCACACUUCUGUGAAAUCAAGCUGUCCACUUAGGAAGCAACACUGAUUGGCAAUACAUUUCACAUGCUGUUGUGCAAAUGGAAUAGACAACAGGUGGAAAUAAUAGGCAAUUAGCAAGACACCCCCAAUAAAGAAGUGGUUCUGCAGGUGGUGACCACAGACCACUUCUCAGUUCCUAUGCUUCCUGGCUGAUGUUUUGGUCACUUUUGAAUGCUGGCGGUGCUUUCACUCUAGUGGUAGCAUGAGACGGAGUCUACAACCCACACAAGUGGCUCAGGUAGUGCAGCUCAUCCAGGAUGGCACAUCAAUGCGAGCUGUGGCAAGAAGGUUUGCUGUGUCUGUCAGCAUAGUGUCCAGAGCAUGGAGGCGCUACCAGGAGACAGGCCAGUACAUCAGGAGACGUGGAGGAGGCCGUAGGAGGGCAACAACCCAGCAGCAGGACCGCUACCUCCGCCUUUGUGCAAGGAGGAGCAGGAGGAGCACUGCCAGAGCCCUGCAAAAUGACCUCCAGCAGGCCACAAAUGUGCAUGUGUCUGCUCAAACGGUCAGAAAACAGACUCCAUGAGGGUGGUAUGAGGGCCCGACGUCCACAGGUGGGGGUUGUGCUUACAGCCCAACACCGUGCAGGACGUUUGGCAUUUGCCAGAGAACACCAAGAUUGGCAAAUUCGCCACUGGCGCCCUGUGCUCUUCACAGAUGAAAGCAGGUUCACACUGAGCACAUGUGACAGACGUGACAGAGUCUGGAGACGCCGUGGAGAACGUUCUGCUGCCUGCAACAUCCUCCAGCAUGACCGGUUUGGCGGCGGGUCAGUCAUGGUGUGGGGUGGCAUUUCUUUGGGGGGCCGCACAGCCCUCUAUGUGCUUGCCAGAGGUAGCCUGACUGCCAUUAGGUACCGAGAUGAGAUCCUCAGACCCCUUGUGAGACCAUAUGCUGGUGCGGUUGGCCCUGGGUUCCUCCUAAUGCAAGACAAUGCUAGACCUCAUGUGACUGGAGUGUGUCAGCAGUUCCUGCAAGAGGAAGGCAUUGAUGCUAUGGACUGGCCUGCCCGUUCCCCAGACCUGAAUCCAAUUGAGCACAUCUGGGACAUCAUGUCUCGCUCCAUCCACCAACGCCACGUUGCACCACAGACUGUCCAGGAGUUGGCGGAUGCUUUAGUCCAGGUCUGGGAGGAGAUCCCUCAGGAGACCAUCCGCCACCUCAGCAGAAGCAUGCCCAGGCGUUGUAGGGAGGCCAUACAGGCACGUGGAGGCCACACACACUACUGAGCCUCAUUUUGACUUGUUUUAAGGACAUUACAUCAAAGUUGGAUCAGCCUGUAGUGUGGUUUUCCACUUUAAUUUUGAGGGUGACUCCAAAUCCAGACCUCCAUGGGUUGAUACAUUUGAUUUCCAUUGAUAAUUUUUGUGUGAUUUUGUUGUCAGCACAUUCAACUAUGUAAAGAAAAAAGUAUUUAAUAAGAUUAUUUCAUUCAUUCAGAUCUAGGAUGUGUUGUUUAAGUGUUCCCUUAAUUUUUUUGAGCAGUGUAUAUAUAUGUAUAUAUAUAUAUAUAUAUACACAGUGCAUUCGGAAAGUAUUCACACCCCUUCACGUUAUGUUACAGCCUUAUUAUAAAAUUUAUUAAAGACUUUUUUUUUGCUUGUCAAUCUACACACAACACCCCAUAAGAAAUAUUUGCAAAUGUAUUACAAAUAAAAGUUUAAAAUGAUAUUUACAUUAGUAUUCAGACCCUUUACUCAGUACUUUGUUGAAGCACCUUUGGCAGCGAUUACAGCCUCAAGUCUUCUUGGGUAUGACGCUACAAGCAUGGCACACCUGUAUUUGGGGAGUUUCUCCCAUUCUUCUCUGCAGAUCUUCUCAAGCUCUGUCAGGUUGAAUGGGGAGCGUCGCUGCACAGCUAUUUUCAGGUCUCUCCAGAGAUGUUCGAUCGGGUUCAAGUCCGGGCUCUGGCUGGGCCACUCAAGUACAUUCAGAGAAUUGUCCCGAAGCCAUUCCUGCGUUGUCUUGGCUGUGUGCUUAGGGUUGUUGUCCUGUUGGAAGGUGAACCUUCGCCCCAGUCUGAGGUCCUGAGCGCUCUGGAGCAGGUUUUCAUCAAAGAUCUAUCGGUAGUUUUAUCUGGUGAUCUUUCCCUCGAUCCUGACUAGUCAGUCCCUGCCACUUAAAAACAUCCCCACAGCAUGAUGCUGCCACCACCAUGCUUCACUGUAGGGAUGGUGCCAAGUUUCCUCCAGAUGUGACGCUCGGCAUUCAGGCCAAAGAGUUCAAUCUUGGUUUCAUCAGACCAGAGAAUCUUGUUUCUCAUUGUCUGAGAGUCCUUUGGGUGCCUUUUGGCAAACUCCAAGCGGGCUGUCAUGUGCCUUUUACUGAGGAGUGGCUUCCGUCUGGCCACUCUACCAUAACAGUCUGAUUGGUGAAGUGCUGCAAAGAUGGUUGUCCUUCUGGAAGGUUCUCCCAUCUCCACAGAGGAACUCUGGAGCUCUGUCAGAGUGACCAUCGGGUUCUUCGUCACCUCUUUGACCAAGGACCUUCUGCCCCGAUUGCUCAGUUUGGCCGGCCGGCCAGCUCUAGGAAGUGUGUUGGUGGUUCCAAACUUCUUCCAUUUAAGAAUGAUAGAGGCCAAUGUGUUCUUGGGGACCUUCAAUGCUGCAGAAAUUUUUUGGUACCCUUCCCCAGAUCUGUGCUUCGACACAAUCCUGUCUCGGAGCUCUACGGACAAUUCCUUCGACAUCAUGGCUUGGUUUUUGCUCUGACAUGCACUGUCAACUGUGAGACCUUAUAUAGACAGGUGUGUGCCUUUCCAAAUCAUGUCCAAUCAAUUGAAUUUACCACAGGUGAACUCCAAUUAAGUUAUAGAAACAGCUCAAGGAUGAUCAAUGGAAACAGGAUGCACCUCAGCUCAAUUUCGAGUCUCAUAGGAACGGGUCUGAAUACUUAUGUAAAUAAGGUAUUUCUGUUUUUUAGUUUUUAUACAUGGGGGAUACAAUCUUCCCAGCUCUGCAGAUUUUGCUGCGAAGAGACAAAAUCAUUAGAUCAUUUGUUUUGGUACAGUUGAAAAAUAUAUGGCAAAUAGAAAUCCAAUAUGGAUGGUGUUACGAGAUAGAUGGGAGGUGUUGAAUGGAGCUGAAGGAUGGGACUAAUAACAACAACUAAUAACAACAAGAUAACUAAUGUAAAGCAUACUGUGUCCAUAAUAAGUAUAUAGGUUAUAGGUUUAGAGCUUUUGUGAAAGAGCACAGUUAGAAAAAUAUGGCAUAUAGAAGCAAACCAGAUGGACAUCAUGAAAAUGAUUGGGGGAAGUUCAGGAGUAAAAACAAACAAAUAUAAUUAUUGUAGAAUUUGACUGUGUCCAUAAAAUGUAAAUAGUAUGUAUGGGCUGGAAGUAGAGGCCUAAGCGUUGUUGUUCACUAGUUUACUCCAAUUGGGGAAGGGGUGGUGGGGUUGGAAAGUAAUGAAGGGAAAUAUAAUUUAAAAAAGGAUAUGUGUGUGUGUAUGGAUGUAUGUAUAUAUGUAUGUAUGUAAAUAGAUAUGUGUGUGUGUGUGUGUGUGUGUGUGUGUGUGUGUGUGUGUAUAUGUAUGUAUGUAAAUAGAUAUGUGUGUGUGUGUGUGUGUGUGUGUGUGUGUGUGUGUGUGUGUGUGUGUGUAUAUGUAUAUACAGUGGGGAGAACAAGUAUUUGAUACACUGCCGAUUUUGCAGGUUUUCCUACUUACAAAGCAUGUAGAGGUCUGUAAUUUUUGUCAUAGGUACACUUCAACUGUGAGAGACGGAAUCUAAAACAAAAAUCCAGAAAAUCACAUUGUAUGAUUUUUAAGUAAUUAAUUUGCAUUUUAUUGCAAAUUUUUUAGGGGGUAGAUCAGCUUUAAUAUUUGCGAGAAGAAAAACAUAUGGGGGAUUGGAAUUGAUGCAGACAAUUACAUUGAUGGAAGUUACAAUCUAUCUGAAAUAUUAAAGCUGAUCUACCCCCUAAAAAAUAAAAAGGGUCUGAAUACUUAUGUAAAUAAGGUAUUUCUGUUUUUUUGUUUUUAUACAUUUUCAAAAAUGUCCAAACUUCUUUUUUCUUUGUCAUUAUGGGGUAUUGUAUGUAGAUUGAGGAUAUAUAUAUAUAUAUAUUUUUAUUCAUUUUAGAAUAAGGCUGUAACAUAACAAAAUGUGGAAAAAGGGAAGGGGUCUGAAUACUUUUCAAAGGCACUUAGAUGUCAUGCAUACAAAAAUACUAGUAAUGUUAGUUUACAACACUGGCUUGUAUCUUGUCUUGUACUUAUAAAAAGUGUCUUGUUUCAAAGAAAUAGACACCUCAAACACUGAGGCAAUCAGUGUGUUUUGUUUUUGCCUCUCUAGGACAGGGCUCAUAGAAUUGGUCAGAAGAAACCUGUGCGAGUGUUCCGCCUCAUCACUGAUAAUACAGUCGAAGAGAGGAUUGUAGAGAGAGCUGAGAUGAAGUUGAGGCUAGACUCCAUUGUUAUACAACAAGGUAUUCAGCAUGGUUUUAAUUUGCGACUUCGUGGUUUGUCAUUACAUGGCUUUCAAAUCCAUAUAGAUCAUAUUACAUUACUAGAGGGGUUAUGUCAUAAACCCUCAAAGUUCCAUAAUGGUGCGAAAAUGGCAGCCAUCUUGGUCAGGGAGAAAUUCAAAACCAGUCUAAUUGGAAUUAAUGGCAGUAGAGGCAUAGGUGAUGCAUUUCCUGCUUUUACUUACACAGGAAAAUAAAAGUAAGGCAUGUGAUGUAUCAGAAAUUAUGUAAUGGAAUUAUAGUCAACCUAAAAUAUUGUCAUAUAAUAAAUACAGUAUGGCUUUUAUACACAUUUUCUGAACAAACAGCAUCUAAAAUAUAUGUAAACAGACCAUAAAUGUCUCAGAUUUUGUUUUCUUGGAAAGCUGGGUGCUAUUAUAUGAUACAAUAGCAGUACUUGUUGCAUUUAUAACUUGUCCAAGUCCUAUUCAGUGCCUUGGGUGUGAGAAAAGAGCUUUACAAAUUAAAUUAAUUAUUAAUUAUUAAUUAUUAUUAUUAUUAUUAUUAUUCUGAGCCAGUGUAUGGCUGUGGAUUGACUGCAUUGUUUGAAUGGAAUGUUGGCAUAGUGGCAGUUAAUUCCUCUUAAACUGCCUGGCUAGCUAGCUAACACACAUACAGUGCAGAUUCAUUCUUCACAUUCAUUGUUUUUACACAAUAUCUUAUCACAGCACUGGCAAACUGUGGUUGACCAACUCCCUGACCAACAUGACUGACCUUUGGACCAUCAUAAGAAGGUUCAUGUCCAUUCUAGCAUUCUAAUUCCUAAUUCUAUGUUCAAAUCCCUUAAAUGUGGCCUUACCUUUGUUUAAAAAAAAAUUGGUCUGACUCAUAGCAGACAGUAAAUCAGACUUGAAUUUGUAAUGUGGCCCAUAUCAUUAAAGUGUUGUUUAGCAAUGGUCCUUGGGACAGGCAAGACAGACCUUGGUUAGGCUUGAGACAAAAUUAGACCACACAUAUAUGCUGUACAUGCAUGCAUGUAUACAGAUACUUUAGUAGUUUAUAGAAUGAUCUAGACCCUGAGACAUGGCUGUAAGUGCCUGCUGCAGGGUCUUGUACAUUCAGUCCCACACCCCAACUACUUCUCACAUCUUUUCAACUUUCCAGGGAGGCUGAUGGAGCAGUCCAACAAGCUGGGGAAAGAUGAGAUGCUGCAGAUGAUCAGGCAUGGGGCCACUCACGUCUUCGCCUCCAAAGACAAUGAGCUCACGGACGAAGACAUCAACACCAUCUUAGAGAGGGGGGCAAAGAAGGUGAGUGAGCACCAUGUGAAGGAUCAGUACACAGUGUUUGGUUGACAGACUGGCUGCUUGGUUCUCUGUGCUCACCUGUCCUUUUGACAGUGGUGGAAAAAGUACCCAAUUGUCAUACUUGAGUAAAAGUAAAGAUACCUUAAUAGAAAAUGACUCAAGUGAAAGUCACCCAGUAAAAUACAAAACAUUUUUGGUUUAAAAAUACUUAAGUAUCAAAAGUAAAUGUAAUUGCGAAAAUAUACUUAAGUAUCAAAAGCAAAAGUAUAAAUCAUUUCACAUUCCUUAUUUUAAGCAAACCAGACGGCACGAUUUUCUUGUUUUUUAAAUUUACGGAUAGCCAGGGGUACACUCCAACACUCAGACAUAAUUUACAAACUAAGCAUUUGUGUUUAGGGAGUCCACCAGAUCAGAGGUAGUAGGGAUGACCAGGGAUGUUCUCUUGAUAAGUGCAUGAAUUGGACCAUUUUCCUGUCUUGCUAAGCAUUCGAAAUGUAACGAGUACUUUUGGGUGUCAGGGAAAAUGUAUGGGAAAAUAAGUACAUUAUUUCCUUUAGGAAUGUAGUGGAGUAAAAGUACCGUAGUCAAAUAUAUGUAUGUAUGUAUGUAUGUAUGUAUGUAUAUAUACACAUACAUAUAUACAGUGGGGAGAACAAGUAUUUGAUACACUGCCGAUUUUGCAGGUUUUCCUACUUACAAAGCAUGUAGAGGUCUGUAAUUUUUAUCAUAGGUACACUUCAACUGUGAGAGACAAAAUCACAUUGUAUGAUUUUUAAGUAAUUAAUUUGCAUUUUAUUGCAUGACAUAAGUAUUUGAUAUAUCAGAAAAGCAGAACUUAAUAUUUGGUACAGAAACCUUUAUUAUGUUUCCUGUAGGUCUUGACCAGGUUUGCACACACUGCAGCAGGGAUUUUUACCCACUCCUCCAUACAGACCUUCUCCAGAUCCUUCAGGUUUCGGGGCUGUUGCUGGGCAAUACGGACUUUCAGCUCCCUCCAAAGAUUUUCUAUUGGGUUCAGGUCUGGAGACUGGCUAGGCCACUCCAGGACCUUGAGAUGCUUCUUACGGAGCCACUUCUUAGUUGCUCUGGCUGUGUGUUUCGGGUCGUUGUCAUGCUGGAAGACCCAGCCACGACCCAUCUUCAAUGCUCUUACUGAGGGAAGGAGGUUGUUGGCCAAGAUCUCGCAAUACAUGGCCCCAUCCAUCCUCCCCUCAAUACAGUGCAGUCGUCCUGUCCCCUUUGCAGAAAAGCAUCCCCAAAGAAUGAUGUUUCCACCUCCAUGCUUCACGGUUGGGAUGGUGUUCUUGGGGUUGUACUCAUCCUUCUUCUUCCUCAAAAAAGCUAUAUUUUUGUCUCAUCAGACCACAUGACCUUCUCCCAUUCCUCCUCUGGAUCAUCCAGAUGGUCAUUGGCAAACUUCAGACGGGCCUGGACAUGCGCUGGCUUGAGCAGGGGGACCUUGCGUGCGCUGCAGGAUUUUAAUCCAUGACGGCGUAGUGUGUUACUAAUGGUUUUCUUUGAGACUGUGGUCCCAGCUCUCUUCAGGUCAUUGACCAGGUCCUGCCGUGUAGUUCUGGGCUGAUCCCUCACCUUCCUCAUGAUCAUUGAUGCCCCACGAGGUGAGAUCUUGCAUGGAGCCCCAGACCGAGGGUGAUUGACCGUCAUCUUGAACUUCUUCCAUUUUCUAAUAAUUGCGCCAACAGUUGUUGCCUUCUCACCAAGCUGCUUGCCUAUUGUCCUGUAGCCCAUCCCUACAAUUUUAUCCCUGAUGUCCUUACACAGCUCUCUGGUCUUGGCCAUUGUGGAGAGGUUGGAGUCUGUUUGAUUGAGUGUGUGGAUAGGUGUCUUUUAUACAGGUAACGAGUUCAAACAGGUGCAGUUAAUACAGGUAAUGAGUGGAGAACAGGAGGGCUUCUUAAAGAAAAACUAACAGGUCUGUGAGAGCCGGAAUUCUUACUGGUUGGUAGGUGAUAAAAUACUUAUGUCAUGCUAUAAAAUGCAAAUUAAUUACUUAAAAAUCAUACAAUGUGAUUUUCUGGAUUUUUGUUUUAGAUUCUGUCUCUCACAGUUGAAGUGUACCUAUGAUAAAAAUUACAGACCUCUACAUGCUUUGUAUGUAGGAAAAUCUGCAAAAUCGGCAGUGUAUCAAAUACUUGCUCUCCCCACUGUGUGUGUGUGUGUAUGUGUAUAUAUAUAUAUAUAUAUAUAUAUAUAUAUAUAUAUAUAUAUAUAUAUAUAUAUAUAUAUAUAUAUAUAUAUAUAUAUAUAUAUAUAUAUAUAGUAAAGUACAGAUACCCAAAAAAACUACUUAAGUAGUACUUUUACUUAAGUACUUUACACCACUGCCUUUUGACUUAUCCUAGACGGCUGAGAUGAACGAGCGCAUGGAGGGUCUGGGAGAGAGCUCCCUCAGGAACUUCACUGUGGAUACCGGAGGAGCAGAGACCAGCCUCUACAAUUUUGAAGGGGAGGACUACAGAGAGAAGCAAAAGGUAUCAAAUUACUACAUGCUUUGUCAUAGCAUCAAAGAGCAUUUUGCAUUGACAUUUUAUUCAUUUAGCAGACUAUCUUAUCUAGAGCGACUUACAGUAGUGAGUGCAUACUUUUUCGUUCUGGUCCACCGUGGGAAUCGAACCCACAACCCUGGCAUUGCAAGCGCCAUGCUCAACCAACUGAGCAGCUUGAUAUGGUACUGUACUUUGAUUAGCUAGUUCCCUUGUUGAAUUUCAUCUUAGUUAUUGAACUUUGUGAAUACUGUGUGAUAGAGGUAGAGAUGACAUACAGAGUAUACUAUUCAUAGAUGCUUAUGAAAUAAACUUAAUGAAACCACAGUAACCAUGAAAUGAGGUGUACAUCAUAUACCGUAUACUGAGUUGAUUCACCUUGUGAGGGAUGGACUGGUCUUUUUUUGUAGCUGAGUAUGAUGGAAUGGAUCGAGCCUCCUAAAAGAGAAAGGAAAGCCAACUAUGCGGUGGAUGCCUACUUCAGAGAGGCCCUGCGUGUCAGUGAACCUCGAGCCCCCAAGGUAACGCCCACUCACAGAUCAAUCACACAGAAACUUCAGGGGCUGCCACCUUGCUUUGCAUCCCUGCUUAUAAAUUACAUGCUUAUUCAAGUGCUGUCCCCAUCAAGGUUAUUAUACUAAACGAAAACUGAAACUAAAAUAAAAACAAAAUUGGAAAAACAAUUUAGUAAACUGAAAUAAAAAUUUAACGAAAAACAUUUGAAAAACUAAAACUAUACUGAAGCUAUUAUAUUUGACUACAAAACCAAAAAUUGUUUAUAAUAAUAACAUCAAAUUAUGUUUAGUUUUUUUCUUCUAAACUUUGGACAAAAAUGGGUCUUUCAAGCUUUAUCUUCUAAUGGGGUUUUCAAGCUUCUGAAUCUAGCGGGUAUAUGCUGCUAGUCGAUGCCGAUGUUUCAAAUAGGCCUAGCUUGUGCAUCACUAUCAUGAACUAUCACUAGCUAACAGGGAAGAAAUCCAAAGGCGAGCACGGAGUAUGACUGGGUCAAGCUAGAACUUCUUGUGAAGUUGCUGGAGCCGUUUACAACCUUCACCGACCAACUUCAAACUGACAGCCACUUGCUGUCUGAUGUGGUGCCGUGCCUUCUCAACCUUAAGGCACACUUGCAGUUAACUACUGUUACAAAACAGUUGGCACAGGUCCUCCUGAAGUCACUGUGUGAGCGCUUCGCAUGCAUACUGAAUCCUCUGGCAACCAACUUCGAUCCAACCCCUGCAGCAGCUUGCCUGAUGGACCGAAGUGUCUCUCUGGCACUUCGCUCCACAGAGAUGGAGCCACUGAUGAGUGAAGCAGAGUCUUUUGUACUUCAGCAAAUCAGAGAGUACAGCCGUGGGGCAGGAGUACCCCAUGAAGGUGCAAGCAAGUUAAAUCCAGCAAGCAUCUCAACCACAGUGCUUUCAGAAAUAUAGCUUCCUCGCAUCAAGGAUUGUGUCAGAGGUCACUGUCCAGCCGGAGAGUCAACCUGGCUGGGCAUUAAGUGCCCCGUGUGAGCUGCGGAAAUACCUGGAAGAAGUGAAGGGGGGCAUGUUUACAGAGUCACCUCUCCAGUUCUGGCAGGCAAAGAUGGCUGUUUAUCCAAAGCUGUACCCUGUGACACUGGAUCUGGUUUCUGCCCUGCAUCCCAAGUGUUCGUGGAGAGAAUAUUCUCUGUCUGUGGAAGAGUUGCUAGUCAGUAGUCAACCAUUUGUAGGGUUGCAAAGUAACUACCAUAAAUUUGGUAACGUUCAAACUUUGGUAACUUCCAAACUGGUGGCAGUUGUGAAAAAAAGUCAAUACUUGGAAGAGUUGCGGAGUUAAUUUAAAAUAAUUCCUUUGUUGAUUAGAUACUUUCAACAUUAAUUAGGCUAUUUUCUCUUUAACCAUAUGGUCUAUCCACUAGAAACUCAUGGGCAAUAUGGACACAGAUAUAAUAAAUUAAUAUGAAUACAUUUUUUAAUAAGUAUUUAAAGUAUAAAUUAUCUAAAUUACAUUAGAUUGCCAUAGAUUACCUGUUCAUUACCAAAAUUAUAGAAGAUACUGGUAACUUUGGUAUAUUACCGGUAGCUUUGCAACCCUAAUCAUUCCUCUUGUUUCCCACAUCUUCCAAAUAAUGAUGGUCAAGAAGUCAGAAUGAUGUCCAUGUAAGGGGUGUACAUGUUAAUCUUGCUCACAAGAACAUGAUUAAUAAUGAUGAAUGUAUUUCAGGCCCCACGUCCCCCCAAACAGCCUAACAUCCAGGACUUCCAGUUCUUUCCCCCUCGCCUGUUUGAGCUGCUAGAGAUGGAGAUCCUUUUCUACAGGAAGACAAUAGGCUACAAGGUAAGACAGCUGUAGUUAAGUUCAUUGUCUGAUGGAUAAAUAAAGUGUGCCCAUGUUGACAUAGGUAGCUUUAAGCUUAGCCAUUUAUAGUCAUGUAUUCUUGUUUCCUGCACAUGGUAGUGUGACUUGAAUGUCCCUUCUGACUGGUUCUACUUUACUGAAACAAUUUACAAAGUUGAAUAUUUAAAAACAAUAUUUUGGAAUCUGUUAGCUUGGGCUUUCACAGAGCCAACAUAUUACUUGUGGGAUGGGGAAUAGAGCCCAUAGAAGUGUGUCUCAACUCUGACAUUUGUUAGCAGCAUCCCAAGUGCUUAACUGUGCCAAGGCACUCGCUGCCAAGGCAGACUGCUGAAGUGAGACAGAUUGGAGCUUUUACUCCUCCAUGGUGCCAGAACCACAGAACACACACACACACACACACACACACAUUCCCCCUAUGCCACCUGAUCCCAGGGUACAUCUGCUCAGUUCUGCCCAGUUAGCCUGGUUCCCCAACAGGCCUGUCUAUCGCUUCACCCAGCCUUAGGGGUCUCUCGCCCAGCCUCAUAGCGAGAGACAGAGCCGUUCGGUGUUAUGUCUCAUCAGAGCUGUCUCUAAUAUGAGCUAUGUCUGUCCUCUCCUUUGUGCUGCUGCAGGUGCCCAGGAGCCCUGACAUUCCCAACUCUGCUCAGGUGCAGAAGGAGGAGCAGAGGAAGAUCGACGAGGCGGGGCCCCUCAGUCCUGAGGAGACUGAGGAGAAGGAGAAGCUUCUUACACAGGUACUGGAGGGCGCUAGGCUAGACACAACUGUCUAGAUUCCUAAAUUAUUUGAGUAAGAUCCCUGUAGUGUUUGUCACAAAAGUGCCACAUUAUUAGACAUUCUAAAGCUUGUAGUGCUGUGUUUAUAGUGAAUGUUGUUACUCAGGGGUUCACAAGUUGGAACAAGCGAGAUUUCAAUCAGUUCAUUAAAGCCAAUGAGAAAUAUGGCCGUGAUGACAUCGACAACAUCGCUCGGGAAGUCGAGGGGAAAAACCCUGAAGAAGUCAUUGAAUAUUCUGGUAAGAUACCGGAGGUCCUCAUCAUCGUCAUAAUCAUCCUCAUCUAUUAUUCCAUUACAGUUGUUUACUAGAGACCCUUUCUAGUAUCUGUUUCAAAUAACCAUGGUUAUUACAGUUUAUUAUUACUUUUUAUAUGCUCCACACUAGUCUUUUCAUACUCUUUUUUUAUUUUCAAGCCAUUUUCUGGGAGCGGUGCAAUGAACUCCAGGAUAUUGAGAAAAUCAUGGCCCAGAUCGAGCGUGGUGAGGCCCGCAUCCAGAGGAGGAUCAGCAUUAAGAAGGCACUGGAUGCUAAGGUGAACUACUUUACAGAAGUUGUUUUGAUUUUCUAAAUAAGUGCUCAAGUGUGUUGGAUAGUGGCUGAUAAGUAUUUUUGUAUUGAUCUUUAAAAUGCAAUGAUUGCCUCUCUAAAACAUAUUUUCCCUUUUAAGCACUGUGGAAAUUACAUAUUUGAAUUUGCUAGUAGCAACCUUUAUUUUGAGUAUGCUCCAAGAUAAAUUAUUAUUUUCAAAUUGACUAAAUGGAAAAUGUUGUUUUUGAUUCAUUUCAGAUUGCGAGAUACAAGGCCCCAUUCCACCAGUUGAGGAUUCAGUAUGGCACCAAUAAAGGGAAGAACUACACGGAGGAGGAGGACAGGUUCCUGAUCUGUAUGCUCCACAAGAUGGGCUUUGACAAGGAGAAUGUUUAUGAGGAACUCCGACAGUGUGUCCGGAACGCCCCCCAGUUCAGAUUUGACUGGUUCAUCAAGUCCCGAACUGCCAUGGUAUAGUAUGCCCUGAACAGUUUGACUAUGUUAUAGCUGUUAGAAGGUUUAGGUGAGCAAACAUGGGGACACUUAUUUGAUAUGACACCUGGACUGCCUCUGGGAUAGUCAAUAAACCCAGUUACAGUGUCUUAGUGUCCCUACUUCUUUACUUUCUCUGGAUCCAUCAUAAAAACGUGUUUUAUUACUUUUAUUAUAGACUAUAGUACAUUUCUAGUGAAUUCAGAGACCAUCUUGUUAGCUUUCCUCUCACAUUUAUAGUAGGUAUGGCGGAAUAUAGAAUUGAAUUUGUUUCAAUGUGUUCCUCCUUUACAAGUUGAGAUGGAUGAGAAUUCAUGGGACGAAAGGCUAUCCUAUAGAUUCAGUUUCAUGCAUCACCAGUAUACAGACACACUUACCUCUCUGGGGUUAUAUUCCAUCACUUUGUGCAUUUGACAAAGUGGUAUGUAACAUGAACGGUUUUGGUUAUUGAAAUGUCAAUAUUAUGAACAAAAACUGUAAUAACCACAAGAGGAGCAUAUUGAAUGAAUAUAAAAAAUUUUUUUUGCUUCAAACAGACUGGCUAACAUAGAUAGAACAGCAGACAUCCAUUGUACUAUUGUUUUCUUGUUCUCUGCUAACAGCUGUCUCUUGUUCCCCCAGGAACUCCAGCGACGCUGUAACACUCUCAUCUCUCUCAUUGAAAAAGAAAAUAUGGAGAUUGAGGAAAAGGAGCGUGCUGAAAAAAAGAAAAGGACCCCAAAAAGCCAGACGGUAAUUGAUCUUACGAAUUAUAUAUUUUGUGGGAAGAAAUAGGCAUAUUGGUUGACCAUCUUGAGAAUUCUGAACCAUGUUACCAUGACAAAUGGAUCAAUACUCAUGUGUUAGAAUAUUCAUAUUUCAUACGUACAUUGUAACAUUUACACAUAGACAUGCAAUUGAUUUGAUUCUAAUGUCAUUUUUAUUCUAAGACUCACAAAAGGAAGGCAGAUGCAUCAUCAGAAGCCACAGGACGCAAAGAGAAGAAAGCGAGAGCCUGA